CCGACGAUGGUUUCUGCUCGACCCACGGUCAGGUGGCGCGGGCGACCCUCUCGUGUGAGUCAAUGUGCAAAUGAUCUGAAGAGUCUCGGCCUUGGUCUGUGGGAGACUGGGGGGCAUUGCUCCUUUUUCAAUCCGUCCUGUCCUUUCCUUCAAACUGAAUGCCGCCGAAGGACGUUCCCCUGUCAAUUAAGAAUCCGGGGCCGUCAAGCUUAACUUCAUCGCUGCAUGCGAGAGCCUGGCUCCGAUCUCCACCGCUCCAACCGGAAACUGCAAGCCAGCCAUUUGACCUCUUCUCCGGACGCUCCACCGAAGCAUACUGUAACUCGGGUCCCACCAUCCUCUCGUAUUCUUCGUCGACUUUGCGCUCGAAGAGAUCGUGGUCUAUCUAGUCCGGCUCUGACACUCCGGAGUACGUCGAUCGGCUGGGCUCGAUACCUCGUCCUAGAUCCACGAAAGCCGUCAACAUGCGAGGCAAAGCAGAAGUCACAACUGCGGCAGCAGACCCUGAAGACCACGCUACGCUGCAGCGGCCGGUAGCUCCAAAGGAUGACCCCGUUGACAAUCAUCAACAGCCCGCGUCCUGCGCAUCAAGUAAUGCCGGCGGCGUCCUGGGUAGCGUCGAGGGAGAACUGAUAGAUUUCAAGACGCUCCACUGGUUACAAGGAGGCAUUCUGUUGGUAGCAGAGACGGUGUCCUUGGGGAUCUUGUCACUCCCUUCUGUUCUGGCAACGGUUGGCCUGGUACCUGGCAUUAUCCUGCUGUGCGUCGUUAGCGCGCUGGCCACGUACUCUGGCCUCCUGCUUGCCGAGUUCCGCAAGCAGUAUCCCUUCGUCCAGAAUUUCGGAGAUGCGGUAGGACUCCUUGGGAAAUCGAUUGGCAUGGGCGGCGUCUUCAGGGAAGUGUUUGGCUGGGCCCAGACUGUCCUGCAGAUCUUCCUCCUCGGCGGCCACAUCCUGAUGUGGACAAUUUGCAUGAAUACCCUUACAAAUAGCACCGUCUGCACAGUGGCAUGGGCAGCAAUUGGGAUGUUGGUUUUCUGGUUAUUCAACAUCCCUAGAACUUUAAAGUACACCAGCUGGAUGUCUGCGGCAUCCUGCAUUUCCAUUCUGGUCGCUGUUCUGAUCACCGUCAUUGAUGUUGGAAUUGAGAAACCCAUCGGGAGCGCUUCCAUCGAAGUGUUCAAGUCCCUUGGCUUUGCUCCAGCUUUCCUUGCUGUGACCAACAUCUCAAGUGCUUUCUCCAGCCAUGCUAUAUUUUUCAGUGUCAUUGCCGAGUUCAAGAACCCGGAUGACUGGCCAAAGGCGCUGGCAUUCCUCCAGGUCACUGACACCACCAUUUACAUUAUUUCUGCCGUCAUAAUCUAUGUUUACGUUGGGCCAGACGUCCCGUCGCCAGCUCUCUCUGCAGCUGGGAGCGCCGUUGUCCGCAAAGUCAUUUGGGGCAUUGCCAUCCCCACUAUUGCAAUCGCGGCCGUCAUCUAUACUCACGUCGCCUCUCAGUACGUUUUCAUGCGUUUCUUCGGCCACACAAAGCACGCUGUCAGGAGAACCAAGCUGGCAACCGUCGCCUGGCUGGUCAUCACCUUGGCUAUCUGGGCGCUAGGGAUGGUGAUAUCUCAGUCGAUCCCCGUCUUCAAUGAUCUCCUUGGCAUUGUGGCCGCGGCAUUUGCCAGCUGGUUCUGUUUUGGGCUACCUGGGAUCUUCUGGCUGUGGAUGCAUCAUGGAAACUGGUUCUCGGGUCGCAGGCAAAUAAUCCGCUUUGCUGGGAGCGCGCUUCUCCUCUUAGUGGGUUUUCUACUUUGCGUCUUAGGUCUCUGGGUCUCGAUUCAGUCAAUCGCCACCACAUCGGCCGCGAAGCCCUGGACUUGUACUAGCAAUGCAACGGGAUAA